AUGCCAGCGUCAACACAUGAAAACGGAAUUCACCUCGUCAUUGUUGGUGCAGGGCUCGCUGGCCUGUCAGCGGCGUUAUCCACCAAGCUUGCUAAUCCAUCGCAUCGCGUUACAAUAUGCGAGGCUGUGGAUGAGUUGAAAGAGAUCGGUGCAGGCUUGCAAGUGACUCCUAAUGGGGCUCGACUCCUAGAACGAUGGGGGAUUCUAGAUGGCCUAACAACGACAGUGCCCAGAACGAUGAGUGUGCGACGCUACGAUGGGACAAAACUGUUGGCUCAUGAGCCCAACCUUCAGCAAUUGAUGCGAGACCGCUGUAGCUCGCCAAUCCUCCAUAUUCAUCGCGCCGAUCUACAGAGGGCUAUGAUCGCCAAAUGCACGUGUUUAGGCGUCGUAACUAAACUUGGGCGCCGAGUGGACGCAGUCGACUUUAAUGAAGCUUUGGUAACUAUGAAUGAUGGUUCAACUGUCCAUGGAGAUGUGGUUUUACUCGCAGACGGCUUGUGGUCCACAAUCCGUGAUGAAUUUGCCGGACGGGAGCAUGCACCACUUGCUACAGGCGACAUGGCCUAUAGACUAUCAAUUCAUGCGGAUGAAAUUGAUGGUCCUUACCGAAACGAACUUCAAGAGUUUAUUAGCCAGCCUGCGUUGAAUAUUUGGCUGGGCCCGUCAUCUCACGUCGUGGGAUACUCGCUUCGCGGAGGCAAGAUUCUCAACUUGGUCUUUCUUAUGCCUGAUACUCUGCCCGAAGGAGUAUCUCAGACCAAUGGAUCUCUGCUGGAAAUCAGCUCCGCAUUGUCGUGGGACCCUUUGCUGGUGAAGCUCCUCCAGGCAAGCAAGCAAGUGACGAAGUGGAAGCUGAUGUGGACGGAACCUUUGCCUCAAUGGGCUAGCACCUCAGGCACUUUCUUCAUGGCCGGUGAUUGUUGUCAUCCCAUGCUGCCCUACUUGGCACAAGGGGCGAAUUCAAGUCUUGAAGAUGGCGCUCUACUAGGCCACUUGCUGGGUAAUGUGUCCGAUGGGAACAAGACUAGCAUGCUUCCAAAAGUCGCCAAAGUGUACCAGCGCUUGCGGAUGGAAAGAGGUAGUUGGAUUCAAGCCGAGACGUUCAAACAACGGGACGUAUUUCAUCUUUCCGACGGCGCAGAGCAGGAAAAAAGAGAUGAAAUGAUGGUCGGGCUGUUGGGAGAGAAAAUAGAAGCUCCCUUUCCCAUCAGGUUCUUCUGUCCCGUUUCUCAGCGCAAGCUAUUUGACUACGACGCUUAUGAAGAAGCGGAGAGAGCCUGGAGAACAGAGACUGGAGUGUAG